AUGCAUUACUUUUUUGCAAUCAGAGUGCUUUUGAAACAUAACAGCACUACUGUUUUGUUCCAUAAAACAUACUGCAAUGAUUUUUUAGUAGCAACAUCGCAGCCACUGGCUCCAAUACUGUUGCCGCUGGCAUGGAUGAUUGGAAUUUGGAAAGCUGAUGUGAAUGGCACUCGAUCACGAUCUGUCGAUUAUGUGACUGAUUUCGAAGGCAUUGCGUAUACAGAGAUAUUAACAAUUUCGGUUGCCGAUGUUCUAAUGUUCGGAAAACCAAGCAUCAAUUUCACAUCGAUAGCAAUAAACAAAAACGAUUCAUCAGAUCAGCACAUACACUAUGGUUUUUUGACAGUUAGCUCGAAUCCAGAUGGCAAUCCUCUCGUGGCACUUGUCACAGCCAGUAAUUUUGGGCAGAUAAUGAUCGAAGAAGGCGAAGUGCACUCCAACAGUAUUCAACUUACCCCAAUGUACCGUUCCGCCAUGCCGCAGACUGCUGGCAAAUUAUCACUUGAGUUACAGCGAACAUUUUCGAAAAAUGACAAAAGGCUCGUGCAGACUCUAUAUAAAAAGGGCGCUGAUGGCCAAAGUCGCAGUGUUAGUAAACGGUAUAGCAAAAUUAUUCACAUCGAUUAUCUAUAA